AUGGCUGCCAAUGAACUUGUUAACCUUUCGCUUGACGAAAUAAUUGCACGACAAGACAAGUUUAAGAAAUUUGGUGGUGCUCAACGCGGUAGAAGUCGCGGAGCCCGAGGUGGCGGUUUUUUUAGAAACGGUUUUCGUGGUCGACCAAUUCCAACCAUUGGUUUAGUUCAGCGUCAGAAGUUUGCUGGUCAGGGUGGACAAAGAGUUUUCAACGAGAAAUUAUGUACGGUUCACAUAUCAAAUCUUGGACCCAUGGUUACCACGAGAGAUCUGCAGGAACUUUUUGCCCGCCACCCUUACGUUGAUAUUGCAGUCCACUAUGAUCAGCGUGGUAACUCACGUGGAACAGCAGUUGUGCUUUUCCGACGUUUCGAUGAAGCAAUGCAGUUAAAAAGAGAAUUUACUGGUGUCAAAUUAGAUGGCCGUUUAAUGGAACUUUAUGCAAUGUCUAACUCGUCCACAUCUCCGGCUACCAGGGUUCUUCAACAGGGUCGUGUAUCUAAAUCUCUUAAUAGGCGAAAAUCAGGAGGAUUUGGUUCAAUAAAAAGUCCCGAUAAUUUCGGUGGUUUUCGAGUUUUAAGAGGCAGUCGGAGUAAAAUGGUGGGUAAUAGGCGCUUUCAAAUGACUGCAGAAGAACUGGACAAAGAGCUAGAUGCAUAUAUGCGGCAAGCAAAACAUACUCGAAUAGCGGCGCCGUAA